AUGGAUCCGGAUUCAGACUCAGAACCUGGUGGUUCGAUGGCGAAUCGUGGACCUGCCGUCUUUGCCGUCACGACGGCUACUCUGGUCCUUGCCUCAGUUUUCGUCUUCGCUCGCAUGAUAUCUCGGUAUUUUAUUGUCAAAAGAGUUACCUGGGAUGAUAGGAUCAUUCUCCUGGCGUGGCUCAUUUCUUUCUUUUUGUCUUUUACUAUCUGCUUCGGUGUUUCCAAAGGACUCGGCAAACACGACGUCGAUAUUCCCCCAGAGCAGAUCCCUACUCUCCGCCACUGUGAAUAUGUCUUCUCUAUUCUUUACAAUCCGGCGUUGAUGGCUACGAAAACGAGCAUUCUCAUAUUCUACCUGCGCCUGACUCAGAACCUCCAAAUGGUUCUCCGAUUUGCCUCCUGGCUCACCCUCAUCAUUGUAAAUAUUGCAGGGGUUGUCCUUACGUUUAUGAAUAUCUUCCAGUGUAGGCCGGUACAAGCUGCUUGGAACGCAGAUUACAAUGGUCCGACCAAGUGUAUCCCUCUACUUACCGAAUUCAUCUGCGCCGCUCCCGUCAACAUCGUUACGGAUCUUGCUAUUCUCGCACUUCCUAUUCCUGUCCUGACUGGCAUGCGGCUACCCUCGCGGCAAAAGACUAUUCUUGUCAUUACUUUUACUCUUGGUAUUUUCGUUGCUGUUGUGGAUGUAAUUCGAAUCUACUACCUUCAGCAGGCGAUUGCCGAAGCUCCAACCGGAACCGUCACCAACCCUAGCUCGAGAUUUGGUGGCCAAGCCGAUUUUGCCUACAACGCCUCACUGGCGCUGAUGUGGAGUGCUAUCGAGGUCAAUGUCGGCAUCACUUGCGCUUGCAUCCCAACUCUGAAGCCCCUUGUCCUUCUACUUCUGCCGUCCAUGCUUUACAAACCUAACGCCCACGGGACCAGGCAUACCCCCCAUACAAGCAGUGAAAAGAGCCGACGAGCCUCUGAGAACCCGACGCCAGGUAGUAACAACAGCAACAUUAACAACAAUAACUUACCAGGAGUGGCCACACCAGAGCCAGUUGUUCGUGGCGCCCUUGGAGGUCGACACUACGACUGCCUUGGUCCGGAUGCACCCAUGAGUGCCAUGGAAUUCUUGACCACCCCCGAUAUGGCCUCCCUUGGAGGACCUGCCAAUGCCUCUGCUAACCGCUCUCGCACAACUAACACGGUCUCGACAGACCAUUCUUAUGAAAAUGGCAUAUAUUUUGGCUUCGUCAACAUGACUAAACCUAAGAGCAUGCUCCGUGCUAAUAAGAAAGAAUCAUGGAAAUACUGCACAAUUGUGGCGAUCCUCUUCCUUUUGUGGGGGAUUUCGUAUGGUCUGCUUAACACACUAAAUAAUGCAAUUGCCACAGUAAACAACAUGAGUACAGCCCAGACGAUUGGCCUAACGAGCGCGUAUUUUGGCGGAGGCUACUUCUUUGGUCCUAUUCUUGUUGGUGAAUGGAUUCUACGGCGAGACGAACAUAGUCGAUUCAAACGUCAUCGAGACGACGAAAACAUUGGAGGUUACAAGGCGACAUUCAUUACCGGCUUGUGCAUUUACGGUACGGGCACCAUCAUCUUCUGGCCUUCAGCUGUAACCAACUCUUUUGGCGGGUUCAUGAUCAGUAGCUUUGUCGUUGGGUUUGGUCUUUCGGUCCUCGAAGUUGCUGCUAAUUCCUUCAUGGUGCUCUGCGGGCCCCCGCAGUAUGGAGAAGCUCGCCUGAUGUUGGCACAAGCGGUACAGGCCGUGGGCAGCGUGCUCAGUGGCCUCCUGGCCCAAAAGGUGUUCUUCACUUCUCUCAACGGCGUUCAAUCGAGCAGCCAAAGCAACAGUACUACGCUCCUCAAUGUGCAGUGGACGUAUCUUGGCAUUACCCUGCUUUGCGUUGUGCUCGGGCUGUUCUUCUAUUACAUGCCGUUACCCGAGGUUAGUGACAGCGAACUUGAGGAGUCAACCAGGCGGCUGCCUGUGGACCCGUGUAAGAAGAGUAUCGGUGGCCUGCAGCUGCGAACCGUCAGCCUCAUCCUGGCUGUUGUAGCCCAAUACUUUUACGUAGGGGGGCAAGAGAGCAACAGCACUUUCUUCAACAGUCUCAUCAUCUCCAUCUUGCCUGGCCAACCAAGGUCCGGGAGGAUCGCCGCUGGUGGUACGGCUAUUGGAAUCAAUGCAGCUGAUCCGGACCAACCUCCCGGGCUCAACCUCUCUCUCGCUGACUAUCUGACGGUUGGCCACACCGUAUUUGCCAUUUCGCGAUUUGCCGCCACCUAUCUCAUUUACUUAUCUGUUAAGAAUCCUCGGCUACCCCAGCCACGAACUAUUCUCUGCUUCAGUAUCAUUCUCUGCUUCAUAUCCGCUCUCCUUUGUGUUGUUUUACGACCUUCUAAUACCAAUUUAUUGUUUAUCCCUGCUUGCUUGUUUUUCUUUGCUGAGGGUCCAAUAUGGCCCCUUAUUUUCGCCAUCGGCAUGCGUGGCCAAGGAAGAAGAACGAAACGAGCGGCCGCUUUCAUAACGAUGGGUGGAUCUGGUCCUCUUUUUUUCCCCUUCAUCAUGUAUGGCAUUAUCGUACGCGGUGGCUCCGUGCAGCAUGCCUUUAUACUCAUCGUGGCCAUGCAAGUGGCCAUGAUGGCCCUGCCAAUGUUCCUUACAUUUGUAAAGGAUGCCCGACUGAUGGUCGAUCCACGUCCAUCCCGCCGCGCACUGAUGAACAGAGGUGAGCGCCCCCUAGACGUGGUGCUUGCCGACGGGGACGCGGAACUUGGCGGUACCGACUCUGUUACUAUCACAACCGAUUUUUUCAGAGAAACCGGACCUGCGGAAAAGGUAGAAAAGCCCCAGCGCGGAUUCAUUGGCAUGGUGUCUAAAGGUCUGAGCGCAAAGUUACAAGGCUCUCGGCGCAAAUCUUCACCAACUCUCGAAGUAGAACAUAGCGAGGGCAGUGUGGAUGAUUAG